CCGGCUUGGUGUGUAUAGUGAUUCUCAAAGAAGGUCAGAAAUCUUUCUGAAGGACUUGUGACCAUGCCGAAGCUCACAGUGUUCGUCCUUGGUUGCAGUGGAUCUGUGGGGUCUGCCACGGUGAGAGCUUUGUCUGAAAAGUACCCAGACAAAGUUAAAAUUCUGGCUGGAACCAGAGACCCAACAUCAGAGAAGGCAGCCGUGUUGAAAACCCUACCAGGAGUGACUGUUCUUCGAGCUGACAUGAAUGACGAAGAGGGAUUGCGUGAGCUAUUAUGUGGCGUGACAUCUUUGUUUAUUGUGACCCCAACCAAUGGCUGGAAACUUGCGAUUGGAGCAGCACGGGUGGCCAAGUCAUCUGGAGUUAAACAUAUCCUUGCUGUUAGUGUCCUUACCGUCGAGAUGACCGAUUCUAUCUACGGCAAACAGUUUGGCGAGCUGGAAUUAAGCGUGAAGGAUCUAGAUAUACCCUAUACCCUCAUUCGCCUUCCUCCGUUCGUUGAUAACUAUUGGGCUCACAAACAGCCUAUUCAAGAGAAGUCAUCAUUCAGCACCCCAGGAGACCCAACUAAACCUUUUUCAGCUGUUGUGGUAGCAGAUGCUGGGAAGGCUGCGGCAGCAAUCAUGGCCGAACCAAAGAAGCACUAUGGCAAGACUUACAAGUUGAUAAGCAAUCGCCAUACUCUUGGAGAGCUGGCUAGCACUUACAGCGAAGUCUUCGGUAGGAAAAUCAGAUAUGAUCGAAUUUCUUAUGAGGAUUGCAGAAAGCGUCUCAUCAACGUGGCUGGUUUUGGUGAAGAGGACGCCGAUGGAAUCUUAGAAAUUUACCGGAUGACGGAUGAAGAAAAUCCUUUGAUCGAUGAUCCUGACAUGACACACUUCACCAAGAUCACAGGCGAAGAACCUACUACUCUAAAGGAGUGGGUAACUGAGGUAGCUGCAUUCUUCAAGUGACUGAGUUCAAUUACCAAGGCAUUGUUCACUGAGACUGAAGUAAACGAAAUAAAGCUUCUAAUUCAAAAUGAGCUUGAAAA